AUGGCCAGACCUCUGAGUCUCAUGCUGUUCGGUGCCACCCUGACUGGCCUCCUGCUGCCCGGGAGCAGCGUGUUCACCAACCGGGAACGCGCCAACACUGUCUUGACGAGGACUCGCAGGGCCAACUCGUUCUUAGAAGAGAUGAAGAAGGGCAACCUGGAGCGGGAGUGCCUGGAGGAGACCUGCUCCUUUGAAGAAGCCCGGGAAGUCUUUGAGGACAAUGAGAAAACGAACGAGUUCUGGAAUGAAUACAAAGAUGGCAACCAGUGUCAGAGCAGCCCCUGCCAGAAUAACGGCACGUGUAAGGACGGCCUGGGGACCUACACCUGCACCUGUGUGGAUGGAUACGAAGGCAAAGACUGUGAACUGUUCAUGCGGAGACUCUGCAGCCUGGACAAUGGCGACUGCGAGCAGUUCUGCCAAGAGGAUCAGAACUCAGUGCUGUGCUCCUGUGCCAAGGGGUACAUGCUGGGCGAUGACGGCAAGUCUUGCAUCUCCACAGAGCCCUUCCCCUGUGGGAAGGAAACCCUGGGUCGUAGCAGAAGAUCACUGGCCCCCAAUAGCAGCCAGGUCCCCCUGGAAGGCUCUGGCGCACAGCAAGACGACCUGUAUGACGAACUCGCCACCAAGAGCCCCUUCGACCUGCUGGACUUGACAGAGUCACACCCUGAAGGCGACAGUAACAGCAUCGUGCGGAUCGUGGGUGGCCGGGACUGCAAAGAGGGCGAGUGCCCCUGGCAGGCCCUCCUGGUGAACGAGGAGAAUGAGGGCUUCUGUGGGGGCACCAUCCUGAGCGAGUACCAUGUCCUCACAGCGGCCCACUGCCUGCACCAGGCCAAGAGAUUCAAGGGGACCGGGACACGGAGCAGGAGGAGGGCAACGAGAUGGCCCAUGAGGUGGACGUGGUGA